AUGGAGAAACUUCUCAGCACUGCCCAAAUACCUCCAGAGUUUUGGAAACCCACAUACAUGACAGGGAAAAUUCCUCGAAAAGCUCUUAUAUCGGAACCUCGAGUGUCUUACAGCCUUUAUAUUCCGCCAGAGCAUUACAAAGGUACCUUGCGCGGUCAAGCAAACGGCGCGUCACAAGCCUCAUCGCCCAAGCUCCCCUUACUAGUCUUUAUUCAUGGCACUCUGCGUGAUGAUUCUUAUGCCGAACGAGGUCUUAUCCCAUUCGCUGAGUCCACGCCUUGUGCCAUUAUGGCACCGCUCUUCCCUGCCGGACUCGAUAGCCCUACCGACUUAGACUCAUACAAAUUACUUCGAUCUCCGACGCUGCGAUCCGAUCUAGCCUUUUUGGAUAUGCUAAACGAGGUAGCCCAUCGCUGGCCUGGAAUAGACACAUCAAAGAUUUUCUUAAUGGGUUAUUCAGGCGGUGCUCAGUUUGCACAUCGGUUCCUCUACCUCUACCCUGAAAGGCUAGCAGCCGUGAGUAUUGGAGCGCCGGGAACCGUGACCAUGCUGGACCAUUCAGCUUCCUGGCCGACGGGCAUAGCAGACGCGGAAGAGCUUUUCGGGAUACGUGUCGACAAGAAUUUGAUCAAACAAGUUAAAAUCCAACUUGUUGUAGGCGAUGCUGAUGUUGAAGUCCAUGGAGGGGCUGAAUUUUGGACGUGGCUACAAAAGUUCAAGGCUGCAGCAGGCACUGACUUAUUAAGCAGCGCACAGCCAGAGGCGGCUUUGAACAAAUUCCCAAAUAAAGAUAUUGUUCAAAAUAGGCUGGGAACUUUGAAGAAAUUGCAAGCAUUAUGGAGGGAAGACGGCAUAGAUGCGCAGCUGGACAUUGUGGAAGGGGCGAAGCAUGAGAGCCUGAAAUGUCAACCCUAUUCUCUAAACUUCUUGCAGUUGCUGAUUAGAGAACGAUAA